AUGGACAUUCUAGGCGUGGCAUUCAUCGCCGUCAGCAAGGUGAUCGUGGCGGUGCUCGUCGGUGUGUUCACGAUCAACUUGAUCCCGAGCAACACGAUAACGCUGCACAACUUUUCCUUCCUAAUCUCCACGGUCCUCCUCACAUCCCUCACCCUGUCGAACACGGCUAAAUCGAUCGACCUCGAUGUACUUUUUCGGUGCAGUAUUCUCAUCUUUUUUUCGCUGAUCUCGAUCGCGUCUGGCCUCUUGUGGGGCAUUGUUCUCGACGUGCUGUUCUUCCGGGUGGACCCCAAGUACUCGGGUAUUCCCGAGGAGCUGCGCAAGGACGUGAGGCUCGGCCUCCUCUAUGAUUAUGUGACGGAUGACGGCGCCGACGCCGACGCCUCGCCGCCGUCGUCGUCCACUACGAAGGAGACUGGCACCAAGAAGAAGAAAAAGAAGAAGACGAGCGUCCCGUACGUGGUGGUGGUGCUGAGCGAACACUUUCGGGAGGUCGGCGUCACUGGGAGCGAGAUCGUGAAUGCGUUGGAGGCGCCGGAUGAGCGGCAGGAGGACUGCGUCGGGUACAGGUACGCCGCGUGGGUCGGCUGCUCUACGCAGAACGGUGUCACGCUGCCUCUGUCGCUCAUGUCGAAUGUCGCGAGCUCCAUCUCGUUCAUUGACAUGGCGCACAGCGCCGCCUAUAUUUUUGUGUUCAGCAUCAGCUACAUGCUGUUCCUCUGGUCUGCGUGCCCAGCCUUUGUGGAGGCGGGGCAGAAGGCUGUCCAGAAGCAGCGGCUGAUCCGCGAAAUCCUGCUCAAGCACAAGCGGAUGAUGAGCCGAUGCGAUGCCACGACGCAGACUCUCUCUCUGCCCGUCAGCCAAGUACUGGAGAACGAUGCGGACCUCGAGGAGGACAUCGAGGUCGAUGGCUGUGACGCCGAGGCGGGGCAGGCCAGUCCUCUGGAGGUGCAGGUGAACCGUUUCACCCAGCUCUACCUCGCCGACUCGGCGCUGUCGCUCAGCAGCACAAGGUCCCUGGAGGCUGGUGACGCUGCCAAGACAGAUUCUUGCAGUAGUCGCGCACGCCGCCACGUUCACUCCGCCACGUACUCCUUCGACCUGACCUCGUCAUUCCAGAACUCCUUCACGCAGACGGCGAGAAACUUCGUCCGCGCCAGCGGCAAGCGUGGUGCGGCUGAGGUGACGUUCAAGCUACCUGGCACACCCGCUGCCAGGAGCCCCAACACGGCUGACGCGUGCGCGUUCGCGAUGGCGACAGCGGUGCAGUUCCCGUACGACUGGGCCGCCGCCGGCUUCAUCCGCUUCAAGUACGAGAGCGAGAUGAAGGCCCUCAAGAAGAAGUCCGCGUCACAGAAGGUGCAGCAGCUCGGACGCGCCUCCUGGGCGCUCAUCAAGAAGCUCAUGACGAGCCCGCCCUUCCUCUCCGUACUGCUGGGCAUCUUCAUCGGCAUCGUUCCGCCCGUGCGCAGGCUGUUUGAGCAUUGGCCACUGUCGAUGGUGAUGGACGCCAUCAGGCUGCUUGGCGAGGGCUCGAUUCCGUCGUCGCUGCUGCUGCUCGGCGCAAACCUUGCCGGCUCCUCCUCGGCCAAUGCGGCUGGGCCGGCCGAGGUGUACCUCCGCCACGCUGAGCAAAACACGGAAUACCCGCUGCUCCCAGAGGAGUGGCAGCUGCUUGGCGAGGAUUUGACGUACGCCCGGUGGUAUGAUGCGCAGCACACGAACAUAGUGUUCAACUCGCACGAGUCCUUCUCGCUUCAAACGCUGAUGCAGCGUGGGCACCUGACUGCGUCGAUGAUGCCCGGUGGCGCCAAUGCUGCCUCCGCGGUGCCGAUGGCCGAGGGCACCGACGAGGAGGGCGACGGCGCCAAGAUGGGCACGUUCAUUGACGGCGUGCAGCGCACGCUGUCUCUCAAAGGCAUCCGGCCUGCAUUUGUGUGGGGCAUCAUCAUCUUCCGCAUGCUCAUCUCCCCGACGUUCAGCUACUUCCUCCUCAUCUUUCUUAUCGACAAGAUGCCGUUUCUCUUCGGUGGUCGGGGGUCGCUGGACAAGACGCUCAUCAUGGUGCUCAUGGUGGAGCUGGCGGCGCCGACCGCCAUCAACAGCACGCUGCUGUUCAACGCAUACAAGUUUAUGAGGUACCAGUGGGCAAAGAUGCUCUUCUUCCAGUACAUCCUCUCCAUCUUGUCCAUGGUGAUGUGGGCCUCCAUCGGUUUGAGCUACGUGACGUCGUUGUAG